AUGAUACAUGAGAAGUUUCCACAAGUGUAUACCAAGGCCAAGUAUGGGAUGAUUAUAUCCGAGAUGAACUAUUAUGUUCAAAGGAUGGAGAAUACCUAUCACUUUGACCAGUUGCAGAAGCAGGACAUGUUCCCUUUCACAAUGGAUGAGUUUAGUCUCCUCAAGUCACUGCUGGACCAGAGUAGCAACCACAACAGCAGCAGAAACAGUAGUGGUAGCGGUGCUGUCCUUGGCAGUGGAGACGACAUAGGUAGCAAUAUAGGAACAAUUGGCAGCAACAACACAAGUAUUGGAAACAAUAUCAACAACCUCAGCAACAUCAGCAACAUCAGCAAUAUCAGCAACAUCAGCAACAUCAGCAACAUCAGUAAUGAUUUGAUGUUGGACUCAUUCAUUUGA